AGAGGAGGCGCGAUUUCAUCCUCUUCAGAAUUCAGAGGUGUUUUACAAAGUGUCAGCCAAGCUUGGUGGGGAAAAACAUGUCUUUUAAAACUACCAAGAAGAGUUUUUUCAAAUAAACGGUAGAAAAAGGCGACUGAAGACGUCUGUGUGCACUUCAAUCCAUCAUCUCCUCAUUCAAAUGCGCCAGUGAAGCACGCGAAGAUGCGCGCGGCACUCCGGACCCUUUGUGCUUUGACUGUUUUGGUCUCGUGCUGCCAUGGCGCGAGAGUUGUGAGUGGUCAGACAGUGUGUCAGGGCAGUCCUGAGCAUCCGUGCUAUAAGAUUGCAUACUUCAGGGACGUGACUAGUCGUGUUGCCUUCUGGGAGGCUCUACAGGCAUGUGAAAUGGAUGGCGGUUCAUUGCUGAGCAUUGAGAAUGUGGCAGAGCAGAGACACAUUGAACACCUCCUAAAGGAACUCAGCAUUUCCUCUUCCACCGGAACUGCCAGUGGGCCGAGCAUCACAGACGGUGAUUUCUGGAUUGGCCUGACUCGAGCAGAGAAUGAGAAUGCUCAGGAGCCUGGCAGCUUUGCCUCAUGUCCCAACCUUUACAGAUGGACUGAUGGAAGUGUCUCACAGUUCAGAAACUGGUAUGCUGAUGAGCCAUCCUGUGGAGGAGAAGCUUGUGUGGUGAUGUAUCAUCAGCCUACUGCUUUCGCGGGGCCUGGUGGGCCAUACCUCUAUCAAUGGAAUGAUGACAGGUGCAAUAUGAAGCACAAUUUCAUCUGCAAGUAUGAACCAGAGAGCUAUCUGGUUAAAGAGCAGGGAGACAGACCUGUAGCGCAUGAUGCUGAUCUUUCCACAGAAGAACAAGAGGAAAGGAGAACACCUCCUGGCAACGAGGACGAAAGCCCCCGACCUAUAGUGCCAGGGCCUUCAAGUAUGCUGCUAAUCUAUGUGAUUAUUCCCACCAUUCCCCUACUUUUGCUGAUAUUGGUUGCUUCAGGGACCUGCUGUUUCCAGAUGUUGAGCAAGAGCAAACCACGGACCAAAACAAGCAUUAACCAAUCAACUCUCUGGAUCUCCAACACGCCAAAGUUAGACAGCGGCAUGGAGGUUUAAAGAUCCACAAAUCAUUCCCACGAUUUAAGCAGCUUGCUGGAUUUUUCAACCAUGUUGCUUAAUCUGCAACAUGCACGUCUCUGGUUGGUAGUUGUGUGUGAGAUUUCAUAAUACAAGUUCAAAUGUGCAGUGUAGUUACAUGUAUAUCACUUUUUUGUACAAAUGUUGUACUUAAAGAUUCUCCUCAGCAUCUCACAAUCUACUGAAAUCUAUGAUAUUACCUUUGAUUUUCCAAGAACUGUUCUGAGUUUCCAAUUCAUUCCCAUGACCUUCUUCUCAAUUUCAUGUUUCCUGUCAGAUAGUCUGACCUGAUGUACUGAGGAUUGCUUAUAGUGAGGGUGAAUACUAAUUGACGCCGAACACAGUGAGCAAUUAAAUUACUGUAAUUAAGACAAGUGCAAGCGGGAACCACAUAAAAAGUGGAAUUAAGAGUUCCCGCUGACAGCGAAUAGGGUCACAAAAACUGAAUCAAGUAACACAGUAAAGAAGAUAAUCUCUAAAAGAGCAUAAAAAAUAAAACCGCAUAAGACGGUUAAUCAAGUAUUAGAAAAAGGGGACUUUAUUUUUAACUGAAGCCUAUUUAAUAGCUUUUGUCAAGUAUUUCUUCUCAUACAGUAUGAUGCACAUACAAUGUUGCCACAAAAUAAUGUAGUUACAUACAACUGAUAAUUUAAAGGCCCUAAAUGUAUGUUAAAACAGGAUAAUUCUUAAAAUUAUGAAAGUAUUGGCUUGUAGUGACUGUUAUUUAGCUUUGUAGCUCAUGGGGAAGUAAAGAACAUUAAGAUUAAGCAAUCAGAAAUGUACAUAAUUUUGGUAAGAUGCAACACCUAAGCUGCUUUUAGCUGUCACUGUUAUAGUUUUUUCGCAUGUGAAUAUUUAAUAAUUUUGACCUUUAACAAUAUCACUCGCAUAAAAUAAGCAGUUACUUGUGCUUUCACAGCUAAAACAUUGUAAAUACAUGGUUUGCAUCAGUAAUAGUAUCAUAUACCAAAAUUAGUUAGUUUAAAAGUCUGACUGUAGAGGAAGAUGAACAGUAUUCCGUUUUCAGUUUCUG